AUGGAAGAUGACAAGUUGGCCCUCCUGCUCGAUGACAACAGGCGCUCCGUCUUCCCCGGCUGUGAGCCGCGGAUGUGCAGCAUCUCAGCGGACCACACGUUGCGGCAAUGGAACGUGAAGACCGGCGAAGAGCAAAGGAUGUUCUGGCGCCACAAGGCGGCAGUGUUGUGCCUCUCGGUGGACUGGGAGACUGGCAUGGCGGUGACCGGCUCCGGAGACCAAAGCUUAGCGCUAUGGGACAUCGAGGCCGAAGGAGAGCCCUUGGAAGCCAUGUUUGAAGGUCAUGGGGACUGGGUCAUGAGCGUGGACGUCGACUGGGACAACAGGCGGGUGACGUCGAAGUCCACCCCGUUCGUCCGGCAGGAAGAUCCGGUGGGGACGGACCUCAAGGUAGGGAUAUCUACAGCGAAGGCCCGCCUUGCCUGGCCCAUCGACUCGCGGAGCCGAGACGUCGGUGCAGUUGCCUUCGUGGGGCCUUCAUCGGCCCAAUUCUUGGCCGACGAAAAGUCCCCCAAGCAGAUCCUCACCAAGCUCAAGGAGCUGCACCUGGGGGAUGAGCACCGCGCGGGGAGCGUGCCCAGCGCUGCACGCGUGAGCGCGCUGCAGCGAGAGCUCAGCACCAUCUACCAGGCGCUCCCAAAGAACCACCGAGGCGCGCUGCGUCCCAGCACUGCCCGCUAUGCGCUGCACCGCCUCUUCGUGGAUCGCCACGGUUGGCACUUCACUGGUCUUGCGCCCAAGGGAGAUACCUGGGACAGCAGUUCACCGACCAGCGCCCUGGGCCGCGUCCCGGAGGAUGUGAGCCGCUUGUUCCAGAGCCAACUGACUCAGCAUGGUUUGGACCUGCAUGACUUGGCCACGCUGGCUGCGGUCAUGGAGAAUAUGGUGCAUUCCGAAGCAGAUGUACGUUUGGCUGCCAGCUUUGAUGCCCUUCGUGUUCCCCUGGAUCAGAGUCUGAGUGUCAACGAGUCCAUGGCCAUCUUGGAGAUCUAUAUGGCCAGCUUUGUCAUGGGCUCCGAUGCCCAGCAGUUGUCCAGAAGCAAGAUGUUUCAGAAGCUGGACGACGUCCAUGAGCAGUACCCCACUUGGCCCAACACGGUGUCCUUCGUGCAGCAGAUCCGACAGGAGGUGGCACCGGGACUCGUGAACUUCACAUUCUCCCAAUUGUCCGCCGUGGUCGCCGCUGCGGGCGAACGCUAUGGCCGGUGGCAAAGCCAGGAGUGUUCGGAGCUCAAGCACCAGUUGCUGCAGCAAGAGGAGCAUCCCAACACGGGACGUGUGCGCUUGAGCGACUUCUAUGCCAUGGCCGUUCGUGGAGGCCACUGGCAGUUCAGCGAAAGCGUGGCGUAUUUGCGGCGUUUGGGGGCACUGGAUGAGUCAGACCCCAAGGUGAUGCGUGUGAUCGUGCCGAACUACAUCCUGGGGCCCUCCAACUGCAUCGCCUCGUCAGGCUAUGUGGCGGUGUGCUGCAUCGAUGAGUGCGAAGCCAAGAUGCGGAGUUUGGAGGAGCAAUUGGGAACUCAUGAGGCCACGGUGCCGCAGAUCCUCGGCAGCCUCAACCGCUCCAGCGUGGUGCCUCCAGCGCUCCGCCGGAAGCUGCAGGACGUGGCGCAGCACCACGGUGGACAGGUGCCGUUGCAUGGCCGGCUAUUCCAGCAAUGGAUGCACCAUGCCUAUCCACAAGAAUGCCCAUUUCCUCACAUGUCAGGCACUAUCCACCCAUUGCAUCCCGAGCUCUUCGAAGAGCAGGUCGGUGAGCCGGUGGGUGCCUCCCAGGAGGAGAUGCUGCAGCAUGUGGAGGGGGCCAGCUGGAAGAAGGCUCCUGACUUCGAAGAAGGUCUUUGCUCUAGGAUGUGGACCAUGGAGGAGGAGUUGGUGGAUCCCACGCCGCGCGCUGACGGCCCGGUGCGGCUGGGCGCCGGCGGACGGCUGGGCGCCGCGGCGCGGGGCCUGGCGCUGGCGCUGGCGGUGUCCUCGCUGGCGGUGACCAUGGCGAAGAUCGUGACCUCCAUGAGGCCUACAAGCCUCAAGCCCACUGCCAGCAUGGGUGCUGCGGCCCGAAUCUACAGCGUGUGA